AUGUGGGCACAAGCUGCUAUCUCUUGCGUUGUGGUCGUUCUGAGGUUUUUGGUCAGAAUUACGAUCAAAGCGCUCGGGAAAGAUGAUUGGAUUAUGCUUUGUACUUUGAUCAAGUAUGUAUUGGUAUUGGUACCGAAUCAAUCAUGGCAAUUGUUAACUAUGAUUCUAUUAGCUUCCCUCGUUUUCUGUGGGUUUGUCACCGUCCAGGCUCUACAUGGUGGCGAUAGGCAUCUGUAUUACAUUCCUCUCGCAGAGCAAGAAUUCGCGAUCAAAAUGACCUGGUUACUGCAGCUCUUUCUUAUUAUGGCAAUCUGCCUGGCAAAAGUAUCAGUCGCUUUCCUGAUAAUGAGACUUCUUUCGCCCAAUCCGAAAUGGCCAAAACCACUCCUUUGGUUUUGCAUCACCUCUUGCCUCGUUUUUGUUUUCGACAUUCUUAUGACAUACGAACCAAAAGUUCAAUCGGGUUUCGCGAUAUUCUAUGCUACCUGGCUUAUUUUCAUCGAUGCUCUUCUCCCAACUUCUCCCAUAUUGUUCUUUGGGGAGUUUAGAAUGAGCUUGAGGGAAAAGAUUGAAAUCUGUGCACACUUGGGAGGAGCUGCGAUUUGCGGAUCAAUCGAGAUAUCUUAUUUGACAGAACUCAGUGCUCGAGCAGAUAUUACCUGGGCAACGUACUAUUUGUUCGUUUGGAGUGGCGCUGAGGCAUUUAUCCUGAUAGUUUGUGGAAGUAUACCACCGCUGAAAUUUCUUUGGGAUCGUUACAUCUCAAAGAAGAUCGGCCAGACAAAGACAUCGAGUUCGUCGUAUAUACAGUUUAGUAGUGGGAGAUCUAAAGCCACAGCCCAUAAAUAUGACGGAGUGACCUACGACAUGAAGCCAUUAGCUUCACCAUCACCUGGGAGAGAAGUAGACUUGGAAGGCCAGAGGGCGUCGACAGCACAGGAACACAGCGACUCUCUAUCGAUAGGAGGUAGGGAAAGGCCUCAUUCCGUAGGAAUGGGCAGGUGAUCGAUGAUUUUAUAUGUAUUUUAGCGAUGGAAGA